UAUAUACGUCUUUGCUGGAAACGAUCUACUGUUUUCUUUCCACGUAAAACCUGCAGUGCUGGUUCCAAGAAACGAGAGUGACUUCCCCUUAUAUGGCCGUCAAUGAAUGUGUUUACAAAUUUCUGGCGGGCGUCUCAAAAAGCAAGCAGAUGCCUUUGUCUCAUGGCAAAGUCAGGUCAUGAUCGUCUAAGUAUGGAUAAUAUUACUUAUUACGCGCCAUUUGCUGACAAACCCGUGUAUUUGAAAGAGACGGGAAGUACUGACAAGAGACAGGCUUCAGAAUUUCACGAAAUUAGAAAUCAGAUAUCGUCCUGUCUACCUGACAGAAUUACGGAAAAUACACUCCUUGUUGUCGAGACAACAGCCUUGGAAUGCUCUGAUACAUUCACAGGAUAUAUACAAUCAUGUAUUACUUUCUACAGACUGAAGCGAUCGAUUUCUUCAGACGAUCACUAUAUUGUUCUCGGAACUCGACAGGGCAGCAGCAAAUCUCCAGAUCUCAAAAGAUGUUUAUUUUUGUGUUCUAAGAAGAAUGCAACGGCAAAGAAAAGCAUAUCUCUCGCUCACAUUAGCAAAACAGAAGAUUUGCGUGUUUACAGGUUUGUUCAAAGAGAUCAGACGAACGUUUUAGAGCAGACGAUGAUGGAACCUGAUGCAGCAGACGUCAAAACAAAUGCUCAUUUUCGGCUUGACUGUCCCAGCGUUGACAGCACCAUCGAAGACAGGAUUCCUCCCAUGUUCAACAACACAACAUGCAGCCCUGUGUUUCACAGUUUUGAAAGAACAAUGGAUGUUUUAAACAGGGUGUCGGAUAUGCUGGAAGUUCAGGAGUUACUAGCCAUUGGAAAGAAGGAACUACCUGAGAGCUUCAACGUUGAAUCACUUCAGUCUCAGUUAAAGCAUCCUUUUGUUGUGGUUGAAGGCAUGGAUGCAGCAGGGAAGACAACUCUGACAGAAACUCUUGAGCGCAAGAUACAAGCAGUGAGAUACUACACUCCACCUCCUUGUAUUCAGCAUCUGAGGAAAUUCUUCGAUACCAUGCCGGAAAUUGUCCGCAGGGCUUACUACUCUCUGGGAAACUACAUCGUGGCCAUUCAGAUUGCCAAGGAAUGUCAACAAAAAGCUGUGGUCAUGGACAGGUUCUGGCACAGCACCGCUGCCUAUGGUAUCGCCAAUGAGACAUCCUUGAGUGACCUGCCACCUUUAGGUCACAUGACCUACAACUGGCCAUGUGACCUACUUCGGCCAACUGUGGUCUUGUUCUUGAAUGUGACAGAGGAUGUUCGCAAACAGAGGAUGAACUUUCGAGAUGAAGCCAUGACAUACGAGGAAAAGAUUCUUGACACUGAUGCCUUGUUCAGACAAAGAUUAUGUGAAGCCUACAAGAGAAUGAGUAAUCCUGCUUGCACAGAGGUUGAUGCAUCUGGGUCUCGGGAGACAGUUGUAGACAUCGCACUGUCUGUACUGAAGCAACAUGGGGUUGUACUGUCCUAAAACCACAGUCAUCGUCAGGAUGCUUGUCCCCUCUGUGACGAAGGCAAGCAUUGACUUCCAGGAACCUGAUCAAAGAAAAACCUUUCAAACUGUUCAAGAAGGAAUCAUGUUUGUGAUGAUGAGCAUUCGUGGAACAGCCUGGAGAACAUCGGUGGAGUUUCAUUAAUAGAUUAUUCUAGCAAUAAUUAUUACCCAAUCUCAUUAAAAUCAUAACCUACUCUGAGACAAUACCUGUCAACACAAGAAUAGCACAACCCCACAAAACAAGGUCAUGGACAGGUGAUGUCUUUCUAACCAGUCUGUGUCUUUGACAGUAUGAGAAGUAGAACCAUCCACAGAAGUCUGUCUCACAGUCCCUGAACCACAUUAUUUUCCUUUCUGCAAUCCGAAGCCCUAAUUGUUGCAAGAUUUUCCUCAAGUUCAGGUCCUGUAUUUCCCAACUCCUUCCAGUUCCUUUUCAAUUUUCAUAUAAUUAUUGUUGCUUUCAAAAUUAUUUGUAUUCAGAAGCUAACCGUUUGUCCACUUUGAGAGUAGCAUG